CUGUCAACAAAUUUUCGAAACGUUACGCCUCAAGCCGCCUCGCCCUCCCCGACGUCCUCAAGACAAAUAUGGCUGAACAGGUAGAAAAAGCUUUCCAAAAGCAACCCAUCUUCCAGAACGCCAAGUCGCGUGCUGGCAAGAAGGUCUCAACGAAGGACAAGCGUUGGUACAAGGAUGUCGGUCUGGGAUUCAAGACUCCCUCAGAAGCUAUCAGUGGGACAUAUAUCGAUAAGAAAUGCCCCUUCACUGGUGAAGUGUCAAUCCGUGGCCGUAUUCUGACCGGAAAGGUCGUUUCGACAAAAAUGACCCGUACCAUCAUCAUCCGACGGGACUACCUACACUACAUCCCCAAAUACAACCGAUACGAGAAGCGCCACAAAAAUUUGGCUGCUCAUCUUUCGCCGGCCUUCCGUGUUGAGAUUGGUGACAUGGUCACAGUCGGACAAUGUCGGCCACUGUCUAAGACGGUGAGGUUCAAUGUGCUGCGGGUGUCGAAGAACAAGGCGGCAGCCAAGGCAUUUGGCAAGUUCUAGGAGCAAGGGAAUAUUUUGCAUCAUCACCACCAUAUGUCGAGCUUUGUUACAAAAUAACCCAUGCUUAUGUCCACUAUGAAUUGCGCAGCUCUAAGUCCAGCAAACGG